AUGCUAAUUUUAUUACUUUAGCAUUUAGAUUAAAUUAAUUCACUGCGUUUGAUUUCUAUGAGAUAUUUGUAAACUUUUAUCGCAAUUCACUAUUACAAAAGUGAAAAGAUUUAGGGUAAAUAUCGAACUAGAAAGUUGUUUUUAGGUUUACUAGAUUUGCAAAUAUUUUUGGCAUUAGAUAUGUCUAAGGAAUAACUUAUAUAAGUAAAUUAAAAAAAAAAUGAAAAGUAUUUAUUCAAUUUAGCUAAAGAAAAGAGAGAAAUUGAAGUCAUUUAGGAAGAUUCAAAUUUCAGUGAUAAUUAAGAUGAUUUUGGAUACCAAACAUUAUUAAGAAAAUUUGUGCUAAUUAAUACAAAGGCAGCAUAUAUUCUUUCAAUCAUAAUUCCAUCUAAGAAUUUUUAUUGGCAAAUUACAUUCUAAAUUUGAUUGAGAAAAUCUUCAUUAACGAUAAAGAAAGAAUUGAUAAUAAUAUAUUAUAGAAAAGCAGUUUUAACAGUAGUGAAUUUAAUUUAUCACUGGAGCAUUAUUCUGGCACAUUAGAACUAUUAAAGCCAAAGAUAAGAUAGAUUCGAGAAAUUAAGUAAAAAUUAAUAUAAUUAUCAUAAUUAUCGAAGACAAAUUGUGAUUAAAAUUUUAUUAGAUCAGCUUCUAAUUGUUUGUAUAUUUUAAGUUCUUUAAAAGAAAAUUUAGAUAAGAUUGAUUUAAGUAAUAUUAGUAUAGCAGAUACUAAAUUGAAUGGAAUAAGCUUUUAUUAAUGUAUUUUAAACAAUUCAAAAUUUUACAAUAUUUCAAUUGAUUCAUGCAAUUUUAAUUGUGCAUAAAUCGAGAAUGCAAUUUGGGAAAAUUUGAUUUGCAAAGAGAAACCAUCAUUAUGUGGUCAUCAAUCUAAAAUAAAUUAAAUUGUAUUUAAUGAUGAUGGAAAUACUUUAAUAUCAGGCAGUGAAGAUGGAGUUAUUAAUAUAUGGUAAGUAUAUGCCUAUGAUUAACCAAAAAGUCUAAUUUUAUAAAAUAAUGAAAAAUUAUUAACCUUUUCGAAAAGUAAAAGUUUGUUAGCAUGUCUUACAUCAAAUUUUAUAUCUCUAUAUAAUUCUAAUGAUCUAAGUGAAUUACAAUAUUAAACUUUAAUAAAUUUUGACUAUAAAGACAUUAUAUUAUCAACAAAUAGUAAAUAUCUAGCUGUCGAAUCAAAUUAAGGUUAAAUACACUUUUGGCUAAUAUCAAAUUUAUUAUCAUCAAAAUAAUAAUAAAAAUAUCUCACUACAGAAAAGAAUUAAGAACCUAUCCAAACAAUAGCAAUGUCUCCAAAUUAUUAACUCUUAGCUACAGGUGGCAUUAAAAUUUAAAUAUGGAAUUCUAAAAAUAUUCCAGACAUUUAAUUACUUCUGGAACUACCAGUAUAAAAAAAACCUACAUUAGCGAUAACAUUUUCAAAAGAUAACUAGGUAUUAGCAACAGGAGGUGAAAGUAAGAAGCUAUAAUUUUGGGAUAUCUAAAACCUAAAGUAAAUUUAACUAUUACAUUCUUUUGAUUCUUAGUCCAUUAUUGAAUAAGUAUCUUAUUCAAAAGAUGGAAAAAUGUUUGCCUCAAGGUCUAAAUCUUAAUUAAAGUUGUACGAAGUAUAAAAGUUCCCAGNCCCAAACCCAAACCCAAACCCAUGA